AUGGAGUACGGACCUGUCAAGAUCGAUGUCACUGCUUCUACAAUGACUCAAAAUCCAUCGGUAGGGUUUAGUCAUGUGUUCGUAAGUCUAAGUCGGUUCUUUGAGCAAUUCAUCGUAGACGAUGGUCGUGUCUCGAGUCAAGGGUCUUACUUGGAUUCCACUUUCCGCGACUCAGUGCCCUGUCUCAAACUACACAGCUUCUCACCGGACUAUGUCUAUCAACACGUCUAUGACGAAUUCCACGAUCAUGUCUUGUCUCGGCAUAUUACCGAUGGGAUUGUUGACCAGAGUCAACGGAAAGACUUGCCGCAAGGUCCCUUGUUCAUGAUUCUAUUGGUCAAAUUUACACACAGAGAAUACAUCGUCUUGCCUCCUAGUUCUGCUCCUUCUACGACGACGACAACAGAUUCGGAACCAGAGAUUUGUUCGAUCUGCUUGGAGAACAUGUCGGACUCAGAACCAGAGAGUAGUCCCAUCUUGCAGUUGCCUCACUGUGCUCAUGAGUUCCAUGAAGAUUGCUUCAUCAAGUGGUCUCUUCGACAUAGUUCAUGCCCUCUCUGCCGUCGACCUGUAUAA